GCAUUUGUAAUUGAUUAGUAGCACACUGUUCUCUAUCCCCUGGGUCCUUUCCGUCACACACCCAGAGAGACCCAGAGAGACAGACAGCAUGAGGCUCGGGCUGAUACUCCUGCUAGCCGGGCUAGCUACUGUGUUUGCUGUAGAGGAGUCAUGCAUGGACCGCUGUGAGAAUGGCUUCGACUCCAAGAAGGAUUGCCAGUGUGACACCAUGUGUCGGUACUACAAGAGCUGCUGCUCAGACUACGAGACCACCUGUCAUAUGAAAACACGUGGGGACACCUUUGAAUUUGCAGAGGAUGAUGAUGGUCCAUUUACCCCCCCUACAACGCCCACCUUCCCGACCCAACCUGAAGACAGGGAAAACAGAACCUCAGGGGGCCAACAUAGGCAACCCACACGCAUCAGAACCCCCAACACCAUCUCUACCCCUGCCAAAAUUGCCACAAAGAUAACCCCAGUCAUAGAGCCAGCUAGAGGCGCAGCUCGAGGCCCACAGAGAGGCCAGGUCCCAGGGGUAGUCCCACUCCCGGAGGCAGCUAAAGCCACCAAGGCACCGUCAGCAACACAGGCAGGUAGAGGCUCAGAUAGAGGCCAGUUCCCAGCGGUAGUCCCACUCCCAGAGACAGCUAUAGCCACCGAGGCAACAUCAGUCCCACAGACAACUACAGAGGAAGUGGUGACGACCACCAAGGCUCCGGUAGUAGACCCAGAUGCUGAGCCAUGCAGCAGCAGGCCCUGGGACUCCCUAAUGCAGCUCAAGAACGGCUCUGUCUACGCCUUCAGAGGGGAGUGGUUCUUUGAGCUGGAUGAGAAGUCGGUGAUGCCCGGCUACCCCAAACUGAUCCAGGACAUCUGGGGUAUCAGAGGGCCUAUAGAUGCUGCCUUUACACGUAUCAACUGCCAGGGCAAGACCUACAUGUUCAAGGGUAACAAGUACUGGCGGUUUGAUGAUGGUGUGCUGGAGGCGGACUAUCCCAGGGAUAUCAACGUGGGCUUUGAGAAGAUACCAGACGACGUGGACGCAGCCUUCGCCAUAGCAGCCCCUGGACACCACAGCAAAGAGAAGGUCUACUUCUUCAAAGGUGACCAGUACCACCAGUAUGAGUUCAAGCACCAGCCAUCACAUGAGGAGUGUAUCAAGAUGGCAGCUGGGUCUCCCUCCGCUCUGUUCACAGCCUAUACUGACAUCUACCACAACAACUGGGAGGAACUCUUCAAUAUGCUCUUCAGAGGCAUCCCCAACCACCAUGGUGGGCAUCGGUUCAUCAACAAGGACUGGAUAGGCAUCAAGGCCCCAGUGGACGCUGUCAUGACAGGGAGACUCUACAUCACCCCCAGGCCACUGGCCCCACCCCUGUUCCCACCCGUACCCCCUUUACGGGACCACAAUGACGGGAGGCGCCAGCCAUGGGACCAACAGAGGGGGCAGUAUGGUCAACAGGAUCAGUUAAAUGGACAGCAAAAUGGACAACAAUAUGGACAACAAUAUGGACAACAAUAUGGACAACAAGGGCAACAAUAUGGACAGCAGUGGGAACAGCAGUGGGACCACCGCAGAAGUAGGCGCCAGUCUUACUGGGGUGCCGGGACAGGAAUGGCUAUGGGGCAGGCGUUCGCAGAGAAGGGGAUGGAUAUGGGGAAACGAUUCGCUGAGAAGGGUAUGGAUCUCGGUCGGAAGCUGGCGGAAAGGAGGAUGGCUAUGGAGGGGAUGUUUGGAGGGUGGGACAUGCGCCGAACGGAUGCCAGGGAUGAAGACAGAGACAGGGAUAGGAGGAGGGAUGACCAGGACAGGAGGAGGGAUGACCAGGACAGGAGGAGGGAUGACCAGGACAGAAGAGAUGGAUACAACUAUGACUCCAGAUACAACGCUGAGGGGAGGGCCUACUGGGAGUCUGUCAACAAGGGCCAGCCAGUGCAGAGCGUCUACUUCUUCAAGGGAGAUAAAUACUACAGAGUGGAUCUGAAGACCAAGAAAGUGGACCCAGCCAGCCCUCCUUACCCCAGGUCCAUUGGCAAGUACUGGCUGGGCUGCCCUGAAAAACACCUGGAGGCCGAGAAGAAAUAGUUUCACAACUGGAUAAAGAAACAUAUGCAGUAUGUCAAAACAUGUUUUACAUCAAAUACUCAAAUAGACAGUAAUUAUUUAGCUGGAUAAUUAGAAGAAUCCCUUGAAAAAUGAUGCAAUAAUUUAAUAACCUCAUAUCCAACAUUUUGAUAGACAAGCUGAUAGCCUGAUGAAGACAGCUUGUUUGUCGAAGCGUUGGAUAUGAGGUUAUUAAAGUAUUGCAUCUGAGCUCCUAGAGUGUGCGGCUCUCCUUUAAUUGUUCAGGUGUUCUACUCCGCUAGCCAGCGCCUCGCCUAAAUAGGUGUGCGUUUCUUUCGCCUCUAAAUUAGAAGAAUCACUUCACAAAAAUGUUAUUUUAUCAGGACAUUUCUCUUUGUACCUGGAAUACUUGUGUGUAAUACUUUUAUAAUUAAACAUUUUCUAGCUGUAAAGUUUA